CCUCAGGCCUCAGCUCAGCCUUUCAAAAGAGCUUCUUGAUGGGGAAAAAAAAAAAAGUGCCUGAAAACAUACUAGUCCUCCUCUUGCCCAAACUAACCAAAUGGGUCUUGUGCUCCACCACACAAGGCUCUUCUUCUUCUUCGUCGUCGUCUUUGUAUUCUGCCGGAUAUUAGCAGCAGCAGGCAUCAGCAGCACAGCAGAGGAAUGGAGGUCCGCCACAGCAACCUACAGCAAAGAAACUCAAAGCCCCACCAUUGCCGGUGGUGCUUGUGGAUAUGGAGACCUGGACACAUCCGGGUAUGGGAAGAGCAGCGCUGGGCUGAGCAGUGCGUUGUUUGACAGGGGCAGUGCCUGCGGGGCGUGCUUCGAACUGAGGUGUGUGGAUCAUAUCCUCUGGUGCCUCAAGGGAAGCCCUUCUGUUGUUGUGACCGCCACGGAUUUCUGCGCUCCAAACUAUGGGCUUCCAGACGACUAUGGAGGGUGGUGUAAUUACCCCAGAGAGCACUUUGAGAUGUCCGAGGCUGCUUUCAUUCAGAUUGCAAAGAGAAAUGCUGACAUCAUACCUGUUCAAUUCAGGAGGGUGAACUGUGACAGAUAUGGUGGGAUGAGGUUCACAGUUACUGGGUGCUCCUACUUCUAUCAAGUCCUGAUCACCAAUGUGGGUUCAAAUGGCGAGGUCAUAGCCGUUAAAGUGAAAGGGUCAAGAACAGGAUGGAUUCCAAUGGCAAGAAACUGGGGCCAGAAUUGGCAGUGCAAUGCGGACCUGCGAGGCCAGCCUUUGUCCUUCGAGGUGACCGACAGCAGCGGAAGAACAGUAACAUCAUAUAAUGUUGCCUCCUUGAACUGGAGAUUUGAUCAGACAUUUGAAGGAAAACAGUUCCUGAAUUAGAUGGAAAAAGAUCAAUGUCAUCGUUCUUUCGCUUUGAAGGAAACAUUGGAAGAAAAAGAAAUCUACAAUAACAUUUCUGAAUCAUGAGCCAUCAUCGUAUCGUGGGAUCAAAGGAAAUUCCUUUCUGGACCAUGUGGAAAUAUUUUUACUCUAUUGCAAAGAUCUUGUCUGAAAGAAGAUGGUGGAGUGGGAUGAUGAAGUUGGCAAUUGAAAAAGGCUGAAAAUCUGAAAAGAGAUUAUUUUGUAGUAUGCAUAUGAUGAAAUGAUCGCAUGAUGUAAGCAUAUGGAAGGAGAAAAUGUCAUGCCCUCAGAACCUCCUUUGGCUAUAUAUUACUUUGUAAUCAUUCUUCAUGCUU